CCCCCCCCGCGCCCCCCCGCCGGCCCAGCCGAGCCCGGAGGCCCCGGCAGCGCCGCAUGGAGCAGCCGGCGGCGGGCUGAGCCCCCUGCCCGGAGGGAGGUCUCAUGGUACCGAGUGACGUGUCCUCCCUGUGAGAUUCGCGCGCCCCAACCUCCUGAGAAGAUGUCAGGGAUGCAGGCCGUUUGGCCAUCCGGUACAGAAUGUAUCGCCAAGUACAACUUCCACGGUACCGCCGAGCAGGACCUGCCCUUCAGCAAAGGAGACGUCCUUACCAUUGUCGCUGUCACCAAGGAUCCCAAUUGGUACAAGGCGAAGAACAAGGUGGGCCGGGAGGGCAUCAUCCCCGCUAACUACGUGCAGAAGCGGGAAGGAGUGAAAGCUGGGAUCAAGCUCAGCCUCAUGCCGUGGUUUCACGGGAAGAUCACGCGGGAGCAGGCGGAGCGGCUGCUGUACCCACCCGAGACGGGGCUUUUCCUGGUGCGGGAGAGCACCAACUACCCCGGGGACUACACCCUGUGCGUCAGCUGCGAGGGGAAGGUGGAGCACUACCGCAUCAUUUACUCCUCCAGCAAGCUGAGCAUUGACGAGGAGGUCUACUUCGAAAACCUCAUGCAGCUGGUGGAGCAUUACACCACGGACGCAGACGGGCUCUGCACCCGCCUCAUCAAACCGAAGGUGAUGGAGGGGACGGUGGCAGCGCAGGACGAGUUCUCCCGCAGCGGCUGGGCCCUCAACAUGAAGGACCUCAAGUUGCUGCAGAUCAUUGGCAAAGGGGAAUUCGGAGAUGUGAUGCUGGGGGAUUACCGGGGGAACAAAGUCGCCGUGAAGUGCAUUAAAAACGAUGCCACAGCGCAAGCCUUUCUGGCGGAGGCGUCCGUGAUGACGCAGCUCCGACACAGCAACCUGGUGCAGCUCCUGGGGGUGAUCGUGGAGGAGAAGAGCGGCCUUUACAUCGUCACCGAGUACAUGGCCAAGGGCAGCCUAGUAGACUACUUGCGGUCGCGCGGGCGGUCGGUCCUCGGUGCAGACUGCCUGCUGAAGUUCUCCUUAGACGUCUGUGAAGCCAUGGAGUACCUGGAAGCCAACAACUUUGUCCACCGGGACCUGGCAGCGAGGAACGUCCUGGUCUCAGAGGACAACAUCGCGAAGGUCAGCGAUUUUGGGCUGACCAAGGAAGCCUCCUCCACGCAGGACACGGGGAAGCUGCCGGUGAAGUGGACGGCACCAGAAGCACUUAGAGAAAAGAAAUUCUCCACCAAGUCGGACGUGUGGAGCUUCGGGAUCCUCCUCUGGGAAAUCUACUCCUUCGGGCGAGUGCCUUACCCGAGAAUCCCCCUGAAGGACGUGGUACCCCGCGUGGAGAAGGGCUAUAAGAUGGAUGCUCCCGACGGUUGUCCCGCCGUCGUCUACGAGGUGAUGAAGAAGUGCUGGACCCUGGACCCCGGCCACCGGCCAUCUUUCCACCAGCUCCGCGAACAGCUAGUGCAUAUCAAAGAGAAGGAGCUCUACCUGUGAGGGGGGGGGGCUCACCCACCCCGGCAGCCAGAGGGGAUCCACGCUGGGGCG